CCCUGAUAGUAUCAUGUGUAUUCAAGGACUACUGCUGGUGUACCGGGGCGUUAUACUGCACCGGACCCGUAUACAGGAUUAUUCUGAGUGUAGAUUACGAUGGGUUCUUGAGGGGAAGAUGGCUAGCAUCGUCAUCGAGAAGUCCCCGAGAUUCGUCAUGAUCAUUCAGAGGACCCAUCAUCCAAGGUCUUGUGCCACUCUAUCACCUUGGGGUGCGCGCGUACCUUCUUUGGAUCGAAGCGCAAUACUUGCAGUCCAUCCAAGCUCGCGGCCCGCGAUAGGGCGACAUAGCUCUGGCCUCGCUCAAAUACGCGGCCAAGGUCUACCCGCAUCCGAUGGAGCGUUUGCCCUUGACUCUUGUGAAUCGAUAUCGCCCAAGCGAGAAUCAGAGGGACCUGCAACCUCCUUGCCAAGAGCGUCCCGUCAUUCCCCUCAUGCCUAAACUCCUCCCGCGCCACCGUGAUCGUCCGCUUCCCCUUCGUCGUCGCGAACUCGACGACGGGGUAGAGUUCGGGUGGCGCGCCCGCUUUGUGUGCCGCGGGCUUGCCAAUCGUGUUCGGUGGGACGAUGUUCUCUUUGUCGGCGGCCUUGGAGGGCGGCUUGGACCCCACCGAGGGCGGCUUAGAGCCUUUCGGCGUCCCCGCCCUCGAGCUCUCCCCCUCCCCCUUCUCCUUCUUCACCUGCUCAACGGGCUUGAAGUCG